GCUAGAACAAUAGGCCACGGGAUGGGGGAGGAGAGAGUGAGAGAUUGAUGAUUCUGAGAGAAAUUUGGAACGAAAGGCGAGAGGAAAGGGAAAGAAGGCGUGAAGAGGAGGAUCGAAGGAUGAGAGAGGAGCAAGCAAGGUUAGCUCGGGAAGAGGAACAGAGAAGACUGGAACAAGAGGAGAAACGGGAGGCUGAUCGUGAAGCUCGAUUGGCCCGUAUUCUCCGUGAGCAGAUGGAGGAUAUGGAGAAGAAGAAGAAGGAGGGAUCUGCAGAUUUAAGCAAGAAGAAUUGGGAUAGAAUUGAUCCACCGCCGAAAGAGGGGGAUAAGAGCGAAGUCGGUGAAAGUUCGGAUAGUAAGAAACGGGAUCAAGACACCAUGGCGGGAGAUUCUGCUAACCAGCAACAUGGGAUUGGUAGACCUCGCGUUGAGAACGCCGCCUCCCCGUUGGAUGCAGGGCUCCUCAUGAUGGAUAUUGACACAGUAAGGAGGGCUCAAGAAGCACAAGCUGCAAUGUUCCAUCAGAUGCUGACGUGUCUGGAGGCUAUCAGGCAGCAGGGUGCGGGAUCAGCACCUACGGUUGCUACCAGUUCACAGGAUCCAGCAGUAGCUGCUGGGGUCCAACCCGGUGCCAAUCCUCCUGCCCCUCCCACCUACCAACACGCUCAUCCUCCACCUCCUGCGCAAGCCCCUGCCCCUGUUCCGACUGAACCGCCAACUCCUCAACCAACUAAUCCGCCGCCCCCUCCUCCUCCUGCACAGAUGCCUGAGACUCCGGCUCCGACUCGGCCUGUGCCCAGCCACAACGUGCCUGCUACUGAACCAGGUCGUUCUGGUGUGGAUGGUACCCCUUCAGGGGGUGGUUUCUCGGCCAGGCUGGCCGGGAUGUUCGCCUCAGUGGCUGGUAAUGGCACGAGGAGGCGUACCAGUGGCAUCUCCAUUAAUGAACCCAAUAGCCAAGGGCUGGGUUUUGAUCGCAUCAACUGCGGCAAGAAGGCUGCGGAUGCGGGACCUGGGAAGGAGGGGAAAAAGAAGUACGUGGAGGAUUUGACCGAAGUGUUGUUCAACAAGACCAAGCAUGAACUCGACGAGCUCUGCAAAAAGGAUAAGAUUAAAUAUGUCAACAAAAAGAUCACGUCUGCGGCAUUGGCUCGGCUCCGAGGUAUUGAAGCUUCUGGCGAAGGAUCCGAGGAGGACGAAUCUGAGGAGGAUUCUCAAGAAGAGAACCCCUCCUAAUUAGUCUUUCAAUGCCACCUCCGCUUGGCUUGAACUGGAAAAAGUAAGAUGUGAAAGGAAAAUCGGGGGAUGGCGGGGGUACGAAGCAUUUUCUGUCAACCACUUGAUGCAUUUUUUGGUUCUUUUUUUGGCUUUGACUCAGCAGUUGGCCUGGGCAGGGAAGUUUGUAAACGACUGGCGAUUGCUGCUUUUGGAGGGUAAACAGUUAUGUGAAUACGAGGGUCCUUGUGUUUACCUACUAAUCUCUCCUUGGUACCGUGCCACCUACAUUGGGUCGACUACCAGGUCCUUACAAGUAAGAUGGGAGGAACAUGUAAGCAGGGCGAUGCGGUCGGGUGAUGGCAGGAAUCAUAGGUUACGUCGGUGGCUCCAACGUAGGCACUUGUCUAGCUAUGUUGCUAUCCCUAUUGCUUUUCCAGC